CAAUCACUCGUCAUCAGGGCUGUAUGCAUAAUGCAUCUAUCUACAGCUAUGUUCUUUGCUUCAUCAUACAUAAUAGUACCUACCUAUAUAGGUACUGAAAAAGCAUACCUAAUCAGUAUUGUUUGAAAAUGUUUAUAGAACUACAGAUAAACCAUGCUUAUGAUUUUUAUCUUUGUGGAUAUCCAGAUCAUUUGAUAAUAUUCUUUGUAGUCUACUAGCAGUAGGUACUAUUAAAAAAAUAGCUGACUCUGGCCAUUGUAAACUAUAAAAAGUGUUAAAAAUUCAAUAGCAAAAAGACAUUUAAAAAUGGAUAAUGUCAAACAAACUGAACAGGUUAAAUGUAUUGUGUUGGAAGAUUAUGGCGGUUAUGAUAAAAUAAAAAUAAAAAAUUGGCCACUUGAAUUCUUAGGAUCAACAAGUGUGUGUGUUAAAGUUCAAUUAUGUGGUGUCAAUUUUAGUGAUAUAUAUACUAGACAAGGUUUUUUACGCCAAUUAAAAACACCUCGUGUGCUUGGAGCAGAAUGUUAUGGUACAAUAGAAGCUAUUGGAAAUGAAGUGAAAAAUUUGCAAUGUGGAGACCGAGUAGUAUGUUAUGUUUGGACAGGAGGACUGUUUGGAGAAAAGGUUGUAGUUUCAGCAAAUAAUUGUUUUUUAGUUCCGGAGGGUGUUAGUGGUCAAGAUGCUGUUGCUUUACCAGCCAAUUAUUUGACUGCGUACUUGAGUAUUUUUACCAUGGGCAAUAUACAACCUGGAGAUACUGUUCUCAUACAUUCAAUUGCGGGAGGUGUUGGGUGUGCUGCAACUCAAUUAGCAAAAACUGUGAAAGAUGUAGUUAUUGUUGGAACCACUUCAGUAUCUAAACAUGAACGUUUAAAAGAAAAUGGAGUUUCUCACGUGCUACAGCAUGAAAAUUAUGAGACUCUGGCUAAAAAUGUAUCACCACAGGGUUAUGAUUUAAUUAUUGAUAGUAUUGGUGGACCAAAUAUUGAGAUUAGUCAAAAAUUACUUAAGGCUUGUGGUCGUUUAGUUGUCAUAGGCGGUAGUUGUUAUAUUAAUGGAGAAACAUUAAAAAUUGUAAGGUCAUUAGCUAUGAAGUGGCAAACAAAAAACUUGGUCCCUCAAACAAUGAUAGAACGAAAUAUAACUGUUAGUGGUCUUCAUUUGGGUAUGCUGUUUGAUUCUAAUCCAAACAAAAUUCAUCAUAUCAUGGAAGAAUUAUUCAAAAUGUUGAAAAAUAAAUUAAUAAAACCAAUUAUUCAUGAGAUCUUACCGAUUGAUAAUGUUAUUGAAGCUCAAGCAACAUUGGCAAAAAGAAUGAAUUUUGGGAAAGUCUUAUUAAAAUUAAAUCAAUAAUAAGAAAAGUUUUUCAAGUUUGUUUGGUUCUGUACCUGUUGUCAAUUUGUGUAAAUUCUCCUUAAUGUAUAAUAUUUAUAUUUAAAGUGUUCAUUGUUAA